AAUAACAUGUACACCCCUCCCUUAUCAGUUAUCACUCAGUGACUACCACUGGAAUCUGCUGCUAUUCCUUUUACAUCUUUUCUCUUUGCUCUUUACUUGACUUCCUGUUUGGGAAGAAAAAGCAAAACAAAAAGAAAUUUUGAAUUCACACUCCAUUACACCCAUCCAGUUUGUAAAUGCUGAGAAUUUGGGUGUGGGUUUUAUUCUUCCACAAAUAAUAGAAGGGAAUGAAUCAAUUCCAAGUCGCCUGGCUUCCCCCUCAAGUUUUCAUCUUUCUUCCGUUGCUUAUUUGACCACUUCCCUGGCCUCAAGUAAAAAGAAAAUCCAAAGAUUCCUCCUCUCCUCUUGAGCUGCUAAACUAAACAUACCCCUCCCUUUCCACAGUACUGAUGCUUUGGUAACUCGACAUUUUCUUGGAUUAAUGUUUUCAACUGUUUCUGUUUGUUAUCAAGCCUCUCGUUGUUUCUUCUUCUUCUUCUUCUUCUUCUUCUUCUUCUUCUUCUUCUUCUCUCUCUCUCUCUCUCUCUCUCUCUCUCUCUCUCUCUCUCUCUCAAGAGCAUUUUUUCCCUCAGUUGCAAGUAGCUUGUUUGCAUCUGUAUUCUGAUGAAAAAUGGAAUCUUUGAGCAGGUUUUCAGAUUUUUCUAUUUAGGUCAUACUGACUGACUGACUGACCGACCGAGAGCUCCAGGGCUUGAUAGACUUGUAUGCUUAUUAGUUUCCAUGGAGAAGAAGAGCAGUGGAUAUAUAAUAUUCGUGAAGCUUGUGUUUGUGUUGUUGUUGUAUUGUGUGGAAUGCCAUGGUGCAACGAUUAAGCGCAUCCCGGCGGCGCCUCCGGCCUCAGAGCGGAGUCCAGAAUUUAGGGGCAAGUUACAAAGAGUUAUGUUGAGCAUCUUGUUGGGAAGCAUAACCGGAUUAGUUUGUGCUCUUGUUUGUGCUUGCCUUGUAAGAUGCGUGUUCAUAUAUAUGAAAAGAGUUCCUAUCCUCAAGGGCCCGGUUGUAUUUUCACCUGAAAUCUCUCCGAAGACCCUACAAUCAGCUCUAGCAAAUGAAAAUGAAAGCCAGGUGCUUGGUUCGAGUCCAAAUGGAAAAUAUUAUAUGACCGUACUCGACAAUGGGUUCAGAAUUGCAGUGAAGAAGGUUGAGCCUUUUGUAAUCGGGUCCGGGUCCCCAGAAGCUCAUAGACGGAUACAGAGGGAGCUGGAGAUACUGGCGAACUUGAGGCACAGGCAUUUGAUGAUGUUAAGGGCAUAUCUUUGUGAAUCUGUUAGGUUUUGUUUGAUUUAUGAUUACAUUCCGACGGGUAGCCUUGAGGAUGCCAUGAAGAGAGCAAGGGAGAAUGAGUUGCAACUUGGGUGGGAUGCCAGGCUACGAAUUGCAGUAGGCAUUAUCAAAGGCCUUCAGUAUCUUCAUUUUACUUGCACGCCUAGAAUCUUGCACUAUAACUUGAAGCCUUCAAAUGUGAUGUUAGAUGCUGACUUUGAACCCAGACUCGGGGAUUGUGGUUUGGCUAGGAUCAUGCACACUUUUGAUGGAAGGUCAUCAGCCUAUAAUGCCCCUGAAUCUUGGCCAAAUUUCAGUAUAUACACGGAGAAGAGUGACAUCUUCAGCUUUGGGGUGAUAUUGGGGAUUCUGUUAACAGGUAAAGAUCCAAGCGAUCCGUUGUUUGGGGAAGCUGCAACAAGCACAGGUAGUGGUGAUAUGGGGAUGUGGUUCAGACAGCUGCUUGAGAAUGGGGAUGAUGCUCGUGAAGCACUUGAUAAGAGUCUCCUUGGAGAAGAAAUGGAGGAAGACGAGAUGUUGAUGGCUGUAAGAAUAGCUGCAGUUUGUCUCUCAGAUAUGCCUGCUGAUCGACCUUCCAGUGAUGAACUUGUUCCCAUGCUCACCCAACUCCACAGUUUUUGAAUCUUUUUUUUUUCUUCCUUGAUGCUAUAAAUCUUUUUUUUUCUUCCUUGAUGCUAUCGCUCUUUGUACAUGGAAGCAACCAAAAUGUCUUCACCAACACCCACCCCAUAAUGAUUUGUUUUUGUUCAUGCUACUUACUAGUGAUUCACGGGAGAUGUUGUAUGCAAUUCAAUUAUGGAUGCAUUGGAUUCUGUUGGCUUAUUUUCAUUACAUUUCAACUUUCCUGUUCA